GGUGGAUAAACACCUCACUGAACAUAGCCUACUACUUUGACGGACCUCCUCCAUUUUUUUUGUUCCAAAGAAGAAAAAGUACAGCAAACACUCUCCACGCAGAUGGAGAAGACAUAGACCUUCAGCCGGAUUCGGACUCUGAGCCGUCUUCAGGAUAGGUGAUGACCCAGAGGCACUGCUGCCAAACCCCACCCACUCCCACACUUAUUCAGCGCUCCAGCCGGCUUCAGGGCAUUUCUGCUGCACCUCCAAGAGUCAAACUCCUCCCGAAUGAUGUCAAACAGGGUGGCUGCUAGAAGAAAAAAGAGGAAAUGCCAUGGGGGGCUGUGUGCGACCUCUUCCCCUCAAGAAGAACAUCUUCAUCAGAAUCAGGGAACUGACUCUUCACCUGGGAGCAGCUCAUCUGCACAGAGAGACUGCGCAGUCCUGUAUCUGAAUCCCCAGACACCAGAUUGCACGCUGCUGCAGAGGUUUGCUGCGCUUUCAUCAACCGAAACAAACUAUGAGUGCAGCAAAGCUGUAGAUAAGUCUGAGGAGCAGCAUGAGCAGGGUAAGCAGCAUACCCUCAAGGCUCCUCCGAGUCUAGAUAGCCCCAAGGACAUGGAGAAAAGCUCCUUGCCUGAGGUCCAGGGGAGCUCCAUCAGUUCUUCCGUGGAGUCUGAGAACGUGCUAAAUAAGUCUGAUGACAAAAUCAACCGACUCUUGGUAGCCAUGAAAAAGCGUGGAGCAGUAGACACGCAAGACCGACCCUUCAAGUGCACCCACUGCCCCUGGGCCUUCAAGAAGCUGUGUAACCUCCAGAGUCACCUGCAGACGCACUCCGGCCUCAAGCCGCAUGUGUGUGACAUCUGCGGGAAGGCUUACUCCCACCAGGGUACGCUGCAGCAGCACAAGCGGCUGCACACGGGGGAGCGGCCGUACGGCUGCCCCUUCUGCGCCAAAUCCUACGUCUGGUCUUCUGACUACCGCAAACACAUCCGCACUCACACGGGGGAGAAGCCCUACAAUUGCGCCACCUGUGGCAAGGACUUCAUUCGGUCCUCCGACCUUCGCAAACAUGAGCGCAACAUGCACACAAACGACAAGCCGUACCCGUGCGCGCGUUGCGGCAGGACCUUCAACAAACCACUGUCCCUGCAGCGCCAUGAACGCACGCACCUGGGGGAGCGGCCUUUCGCGUGCCCGGACUGCGGGAAGACCUUCACGCUGGCGAGCCGCAUGGUGGAGCAUCAGAAAGCGCACAAGGGCGUGCGCCCGUAUGUGUGCGCGGUUUGCUCCAAGACUUUUACCAAGUCCUCUAAUCUGGCGGAGCACGAGGCCAUCCACAGCGGCCAGCGACCCUUCACUUGCACUGACUGCGGAGCGGCCUUUGCCGCCGCGUCCCGCCUGGUCCGGCACCGAUUCAUGCACGUGGAACAGAAGCCGCACAGAUGCUCCGCGUGCAGCCGGAACUUCAGCCAGCUCGACCGCCUGCUGCUGCACGAGGAGCAGAGCUGCGCAGGACGCAUCUUUGUCUGCGGGAGCUGCGACCGAGCCUUUCGGGGAGCAUCUAAGCUCGCGCAGCACAUGCUCACGCAUGUGCGUGAACACAUUGAUACAUGCUAAAAGCACACUACACCCCGCACACGCACAACUCAGCCUCCGCGGGCAGUUGUACCAGCUGUAACUACCCCCUCACCCCCACCCCCGUUCCUGCAGUGUAGACAAGCAAGGGUGGACGCGGUGGUUGAAAGUUUCCAUCAGAGCACCACUGACACUGGAGCUGACAGCUGAAGCCUCGGGGAGGGGAGGGGAGGGGGGGGUGUCUUUUAGAAAGAAUGUAAAUAACCGUAAUGAGACGCGCAACGCUAUGCUAUAGGAGGGCGGGCAGACCCCCUCUGACGUGGGUCUUGUAGGACGAGCUGUCCCAUCUGGACCUGGCGCCUUACUAAGACCCCCCCCCCCCCCCCACGCACACCUUACUGAGUAUGAAUGAAUGAAGGUUUGAGAAAUUGAGGAUGCAGUUGGAUUACAUAACUUGAAAGCUGCAACAUGUGUUCCAUGAUCCGAUCAUGUGAACUGACUGUGACACAAAGUUACUUAGAAACUUUAAUUUAUAACAAUAGCUAUCAAGAACAGAGGACUAAGGACAUGCGUGUGGAAUAGUUUCAAGUGGGAACAAUCCAUGUCAAUCCUCUAACCUCUUGAGGCCUGAAUUUAUUUCCAGCUAUAUUUCCAGCUAAAAAAAACUUUGUAGAUACUAAAUUAAUGUGACUUUGCUUCUGAAGUAGUUCGAAACACAGAAAGUACAACAAUAAAGGACAAUGUCCAAAACUCACAAAUGGCCCACAGAAAAAAAAAUAGCCUACAUUAAUGAACAGACCCUAGAAUCUGUCCCUUAAAGAAAAGCUUGACCGGUGAAUGUAACAAACACUCAGAACUGAUACCCAAUGACAAGACCUCUGCAACAAGUUGUGCUUUGUACAUACUGGCCUUGUGAUGCCUGUUCAAGAGUGUGCUGAACACGGAUAUUUGAACGCAGAUUCUUGACUGACUUUUGGUGUUGUAUAAUUCCAGCUGGACACAAACAGCAAUUAAUAAUUUGUCCUUCAUGAUCAGUUUUCAAACGGUUGGCACUUGUGUUUUGAAAAAGACGCCACCUGCAUCAUCUUCAAAUCCACGUCCAUGAUUGGUCAGAGUUCAACACGUGUUCAAUUGCUGCACGUUUUGUACACAGAGCCUGAAAACAGACUUAAUAACUUACGUAGCGAUGCAUGAAGGCAAGACUUUGGAACGCGGAGGCUCAGAACUGGCAUAUUUACAUUGCGUUUACGUUGACUUUUGACUGGAAAUGGUUACUCGAAUGUGUGUUUCUGAGCCUGGUGUGAACACAGCAUUAGUUUCUAAGGAUAACUGUCAGAAAGAAAAACUGGAACAAUGAAAUAACAAAACAUUAACGUUAUUCUGCAGGGAUUAAAAUUAACUUUAAACGGGGAAUGAAGGAUACAGAAACAGUUUAUUUCUAAAGGACAAUUACAAACAGAAAAUGUAUGCUUUUGACUAUAAAUCGGGAGCAUUAUGUUUUUUUUUCUUUGUUUUAUCAAACUGUAACGUUCCAAAAGUGUGAGCUGAUUACAAUCAAUAAAUUCCAGUAAAAUCCAAAGA